AUGAGUUCCGUUGUCCCGGUCUCUCCUCUACGUCUUCCCCAGUCCUUCAACUUCGCCAGUGAUGUCGUCGACCACUGGGCGCAGAGGGACCCAUCCCACGUCGCACUCUACUGGACGGAUCAAUCCCUGAGCACGACGAGGCAAUUGACCUACAGCCACUUCUCGCGUCAAUCGCAACGCAUAGCAAGUCUUUUAGCGUCCCUGGGCAUCAAGCAGGGCGAAACGGCCAUCAUCAUUGCACCACGAGUACCGGAGUGGUGGGAAACUGCGACGGCCUGCCUCCGCUCCGGGGUCAUCUUGUGUCCGUGUACGACACUGUUGGUGGACAAGGACAUCGAGUAUCGACUACAAGUCUCGCACGCCACCGCCUUCAUCGGGGACGCCACGUCGGUCGCCAAAUGUCUCAAGGUCCGGGGAACUUGUCCCAGCCUGCGCACCAUCAUCCAGAUCGACGGGAGCGCGCCGUCUGGUGUGGUUGACUUCCACUCAGCACUGGACAAAAUCCCCGCCGACGCCAGAUUUUCCGUCCCGAGCUCCCUGGGCCCCAAGUCUCCCGGCAUGAUAUUCUUCACUUCCGGCACCACGGGCCCACCAAAGAUGGUCUUGCAUACGCAGACGUCGUAUCCCUUGGCGCACGCUCUGACAGGGAUGCAUUGGCUGGAUCUGUCGCCGGGCAAGAUCUACUGGAAUCUCUCAGAACAAGGCUGGGCGAAAGCUGCAUGGUCGUGGUUGUCCACGUGGAACUGCGGCGCAACCCUCUUCAUCCACGACGACAGGCUUGCGUUCCAUCCACGGCGGACCCUCGAGGUGCUCAACAAAUUCCCCAUCACGACCCUCUGCGCACCCCCGACGGUGUACCGACAGCUGGUCCUGGACGAGAGCCGGCGGUUUUUCGCCACGGACCAAGGCACGCCGAAAGCGCUGCUCCACUGCUGUGGCGCGGGCGAGCCUCUGAACGAGAGCGUGGUCCGCAUCUGGAAGGAGAUGACGGGCGGGAUCGAGAUUUUCGACGGCUACGGCCAGACCGAGACGAUCGUCGUGUGCGCGAAUCAGAAAGUCAACAAGGUCAAGCCGGGCAGCAUGGGGAAGCCGCUCCCCGGCGUGCCCCUGACCAUUAUCGAUUCUGAGGGGAAUUCUGUCACCGCGGGAACGGAGGGAGAUAUUGCCAUCGCGGUGUCGAACACGAGGACCGACACCGAUUUCUUUGGCUUCUUCGAGGGGUACAUCGACAAGUCCACGGGGGUGCUCGACACCAAGAUCAGGUCCUAUCCGAACGGGAAGAAGUUCUUUGUCACGGGCGACCGGGCGACGAGGGACGAGGACGGAUAUUUCUGGUUUGUGGGAAGAGCUGACGAUGUGAUCAACUCGAGCGGAUACAGGAUAGGCCCCUUCGAAGUCGAGUCGACGCUCAAACUGCACCCGGCGGUGGUCGAGUCCGCGGUGGUGUCGUCGCCGGACCCGCAGCGCGACGAAGUGGUCAAGGCCUUCGUGGUGCUGACGGCGUCGGCGGCGUCGCAGAUCAAGGCGUCCGGCGCCGCGGCCAGCGACGCGCUGGUCCGGGAGCUGCAGGAUUUCUGCAAGCAGAACGCCGCGCCGUACAAGUACCCGCGGCGCAUCGAGUUUGUCGACGCCGCGUUCCUGCCCAAGACCAUCUCCGGCAAGAUCAAGCGCGCCGAAUUGAAGGCGCUCGAGAGGCGGCGGUACAAGGAGGCAACACAGGGGGCGAAGUUGUAG